AUGUUACCGAUCCCGGUGCCUACCGAACCCUGGAGGUUCGCCGGGGGCCGCGUUUGGCUUGACGAUAUCGUCGCCAAGGGCCAGGAUGACACGCUCCAGUACUUGGAAGGCUGUGCGUCCAGCCCUAUCGACGAUUCCCGCAAAGUGAACGACAAGACGGAGGCUUACCGGAAGUUUUGCAAAACCGUCCUCAGCAAGGCCGGCCCGGGGGUCACAGCUGAUCCGGAGGCGAUCGCCGUGGACCUGUGCCACAAUCGAGCUUCCGCAGAAGAUAAGUUCAGGGCUUUCUUGCGACACUACGUCAAGACUUCGGUGCAGCUGCGUCCGUCACUCGGGCCUGAGGAGUACGAAUGGGUUCGGGACGUUGAUUCCGCAAUCACGGUCACCGAGUUUUGGAAAGCCUUGGUUCGCGAGUUCGACUGUGGCUUCCUGCAAACGAAGCGACGUCAGGAGCCCGAAAAAGCUUCGCUCUACUCUCUCAAGUUCUGCGACACUUCGCAAGGUGCGGGCUCCGUGUGGAAGUGGAUUCGAGAAGAUCUCGCAGAGGAACUGGGUCUUUCGCGCGGCCAGAUGUUCCGAAAGCAGGAAGUGACCGGCGAGGAUGUUCUCGCCAUCCUCUCCGUGCUGUGGGCGCGGCCGGACGUGGUGACUUGCCAGCCCACGGAGCGAUUGACUUCCCAUGCCAUGAUACUUCUUGCCAGCAUGGGCGCCUUCCGGCUCGGUGCUCUUUCGCGCAUACAGUAUCAUCAAGUGGAGCUAGCCAUUGUGGCAGAUCCUGUCAACAAAUCGACGCGUCUGGUGGGCACCGUCACUAUAGUUCACAACAAAGUCGACAAGAAUGCUCUCAAAAGAAGCCAAGAUGAUCGGAUCUCAUUUUCCGUCGCGUUCGCACCGUGCCCUAUCGUCUGUGUGCUAAGCCUCAUCGUCGCCAAAGCCAUCAAGGACGAUGCGUUUGAUGUUGGCUUCGAGUCCCUCGACGCCCUCCUCUCUAGACCGACGCUUGGGGGCUUGGCCUAUCUGCCAAUUCGCUGGAAGAAUGAUAUACUGGAAACCCCCAUUUUUGAGUUGCCGUAUCACCGGUUGUGGGAGAUCUGGAGGUCGUGUACCUGGGCCCUUGGGUGUCGCGACCCGCCUCGCCCAUACGCCAUGCGCGUUGGUGGCGCCGGCCGGCUAGACGGCGUACUCACACCCGCUGUGCGCAACUUCGUUGUCGACAACUCGUCGGAGGUGUUCGAGAAGAGCUAUCUUCCGAAUCAUUUUCGAGGUCAGCUGGCAACAUUUGCGUUCGGCGCGUUGGCUGGCGAUUACGAGCCCUUAUUCCGUCAGCUCUGCAAUGCUUUCCUGAAGGUCGACGCAAAUGCCCCGAUGACCGUUACCCCCGAGGAAAAGGCGACGUUUGAGCAGCGACACGACUUGCGCACCAUCAGCGCCAGGCUGGCGGACGAUGGUGAAGGCGAACCGCCUGGCUGGCGAGACGAGCUACACAGCAGGGCCUCCUACAUUCGGAAGUCCUUAGCCAAGCAGUUAAAGGUGCAGAAACGAACAUUGUACUUCGAAAACAUGGACAGGCAACGGGCUCUUGGAACCCGCUGCGCCCCCUUCCCUACCAAGCGCCAGACUCCGGCCAUUCAAGACGAGUCUUACCCGUUCGAAGGCGCUUCGGCCAUAGGAUCGUUCUUCCAGCACUUUUCAGCCACACAGGACUUGCGUCCAGCCACACUGAAGUCUUACUCGGAGCUCCUCGUGGCAUACCUUCGGCGCCUCCCGGCAGAGGUAGUCCAUUCAGCCUAUGCAGCCAUUCGGGAAGCAACGGCAUCGGACCCUGACCCCUCCUCGAGCACUCCCUCGCUUGCCGAGCCGCCACUCCGAUCCAGGGCUCUCCAACUUAUCGCCACCCACGAGCUCUCCAACCCCGGUGGUCGACUCGGCGUCGACAGCUCAUUGCUUCUUCUGCAACCGGAAGUUUAA